AUGGCCUUCUUCUUCAAUCGGGGUCGAUCCCGCCAACCAUCCGACGUUGUGAGAUCAAUCAAGGACCUGCUGCUGAGACUCCGUGAGCCUUCGACCGCUUCUAAGGUUGAGGAUGAAUUAGCCAAGCAGCUAUCACAGAUGAAGUUGAUGGUGCAGGGGACUCAAGAACUUGAAGCUUCUACUGAUCAGGUUCAUGCCCUGGUCCAAGCUAUGCUCCACGAGGAUCUGCUUUACGAACUCGCGGUGGCUCUUCACAACCUUCCCUUCGAAGCAAGAAAAGAUACGCAAACCAUAUUCUCUCACAUACUCCGCUUUAAGCCUCCUCACGGAAACUCGCCAGACCCUCCCGUCAUCUCUUACAUCGUUCACAAUCGUCCUGAAAUUAUCAUUGAGCUAUGUAGGGGCUACGAGCACAGCCAAAGUGCCAUGCCAUGCGGCACUAUCUUGAGGGAGGCAUUGAAGUUCGACGUAAUCGCCGCUAUCAUUCUUUAUGAUCAGUCAAAAGAGGGGGAGCCAGCUAUCAGACUGACCGAGGUCCAGCCCAACGUUCCUCAGCGCGGAACAGGUGUUUUCUGGAGGUUCUUCCAUUGGAUUGACCGAGGUACCUUUGAGCUCAGCGCAGAUGCAUUCACAACUUUUAGGGAAAUCUUGACGCGCCACAAAUCCCUUGUUACAGGAUAUCUAGCGACAAACUUCGAUUACUUUUUCGCGCAGUUUAACACUUUCCUCGUUCAGUCUGAGUCAUAUGUCACUAAGCGACAGAGCAUCAAACUCUUAGGCGAGAUUUUACUCGAUCGCGCAAACUACAGUGUGAUGAUGCGAUACGUCGAGAGCGGAGAAAACCUCAAGCUUUGCAUGAAGCUCCUGCGUGAUGAUCGCAAGAUGGUUCAAUAUGAGGGAUUUCAUGUUUUCAAGGUAUUUGUCGCCAAUCCGGACAAGUCAGUGGCAGUCCAGCGAAUUCUGAUCAACAACCGGGAUCGCUUGCUAAGAUUCCUACCGAAAUUCCUGGAGGACCGCACAGACGACGACCAGUUCACGGACGAGAAGAGUUUCCUAGUCCGACAGAUUGAACUUUUACCCAAGGAACCCAUUGAACCAUCACGUUCUGCGCGUGAACCGUCUCGUUCGACUGCCAACACCACGACUGUUGCGUAG